AUGAGAGACCAGCUGUAUCCGGUCCGGGUCGACAACGCCAACCGGACAGCAAUCCUCGACACGGAGGGCAAUAUCCUGCCCGGAGCGAUCGAAGCCUUGAGUGCCGAAAACAGAGUGACCAUUGGCAAGAUUUCCUGGCUGAGCAAACGAGAGUCUGGUAAAGCCUACGGAUCCAUGGUAGUAUAUGUCACCAAGAAAAGCGAUGCAGAAAGGCUUCUGGACGGUGACUACUUUGACCUAGCGGGAGAGUCGGCCACCACUUAUAAGUUCGAGCCAAGAACGGGACCGAUCCAAUGCUUCAAUUGCCAGGAGAUCGGUCACAAACAGAGUCUGAUGAACGACGAAGACCUGAAGGAUUUUGCCGCACUGGCUAUAUCUGAGCCACAUGCGCGCAAUAUCGACGGAAAGGUGGUGACGAGUCCUAUGGGACACCAUAACUGGACAAAGAUGAUUCCGACGUGUGUUCGUGACGCCCUAUGGCCGAUCCGCAGCAUGCUCUGGAUCCGAAGUGACCUUGAGGCGGAGCAAGUGCCUGUGCCGUCGGCCGAUCUCACAGCAGCGCAGCCUUCUCGCGAGAGGACGAAAACGUGGCAGAGGUCGGACGAGGAGAGCACCAUCGACUUGGUGUUGGCAUCGGCGGAACUGGCGGACGAGUUGACAUCCUGCGUGAUUCAUCCAACAGAGCACGGAUCAGACCAUAGAGCGAUCCAGACGACAUUCGACAUUCGAGUGCCGGAGCGUACCUUUCCGCAGCGCCUGAUGCUCAAGAACGCGCCGUGGAUCGCCAUCGCAACCAGGGUCGAGGACGAGCUUCGGCCUCUUCCGUGGACUGUGGGGGUGCAGACGCAGGCGGAUCAGCUCAUGCGGGUGGUCACCAAGGCGCUUCGAGAUCUGACCCCUCGAGCCCAGCCGCCGCCAUACGCGAAGCGAUGGUGGACAAAGGACCUGACGCGACUCCGUCGGACGUACACGUAUUGGCGCAAUCAAGCAAGGGCGCAGCGAAGAGCCGGUCAAUCGCGGCCGGAUCUGGAGCAGCGCGCCAAGGAGGCUGCGAAGGAGUACCACGACAAUUUGCGGAGACAAAAGAAGGCCCAUUGGGAUGACUUCGUCAUCGAAGGGAGCAACAUCUGGAGGGCUGCCAAGUAUCUGAAGCCUGGUACGGAGAUGACGGAUGACAAGGUGCCCCCGCUGAAGAGAGCCGACGGUUCGAUCACCGAAAGCAAGGGCGAGCAAGCCGAGGAACUCCUGAGCACCUUCUUUCCGCCUCUGCCAACGAGGAUCGAGCCGGAGGGUGAACGUCCGCAGAGAGAAGAAAUAGCCAUGCCAGACCUCACCUUGCAAGAGAUUGAGGAGAAGGUGAUGGCGGCGAAGCCCUGGAAAGCGCCUGGUGAGGAUGGCCUUCCUGCGAUCGUGUGGAAGAAGCUCUGGCACGUGGUCAAGCACCGGGUGUGGACGCUCUUCAGCUCAUCGCUCCGAGAGGGCGUGGUGCCUCAUCAAUGGCGAACGGCCAAGAUCAUUCCUCUGAGGAAACCAGAUAAAGGAGACUACACCCUGGCCAAGGCGUGGCGACCGAUUUCUCUCCUGUCGACGCUUGGCAAGAUUCUGGAGGCAGUCGUCGCGGAACGUAUCAGCUAUGCAGUCGAGGCUCAAGGGCUUUUGCCCGCGAACCACUUUGGUGCACGGAAGCGCAGGUCCGCAGAUCAAGCACUCGUGCUUCUGCAGGAGCGGAUCUACAAGGCCUGGAGAACGGGCAGAGUGAUGAAAGCCCGAGGCAUCCCGAGUCGACUGGUCAAUUGGAUAGACGCAUUCUGCUCGGGACGGACCGCGUCGGUGGUUGUCAACGGGCACACAUCCGAGCAACAAACCCUGCCGCAGGCCGGCCUACCCCAGGGAUCUCCUCUGUCGCCAGUGGCUUUUCUUUUCUUCAACGCAGACCUGGUACAAAGACGGAUCAAGUCAAACAGAGAUGGUAUCCAGUCGAUUAUCGAUGAUGCGCUUGAUUGGGAGAAGCGCAGCGGAAACGAUGUCAAGCCGAAGAGCAACGUGAAGCUGUUGGGAGUCAUCAUGGACAAAGCGCUUCGCUUCAAGGAACACAUCGCCAGAGCGGCCGCCAAGGGGCUGGCCGCGGCCAUGUGUUUGAAACGACUGAAGAUGGCUUCGCCACGGAUGGCGAGGCAACUGUUCGUCGCGACGGUGGCGCCAGCCAUGGACUAUGCCUCAAACGUGUGGUCGCACGCCGAAAUUCUGGAUAAGGAUGAGGACGCUCCGAAGACGCAUCCUCUGACAUCGUUGAGACUCAAACUGAACAGGAGGUAUGCGUCGCCAAUGCAGAAGCUCGCCUCGGCGAUGGGAAGAAUAGAUACCAAGCGCCUGGAAGUCAUCCACGAGUUCGCACUGGCGCCGUGGGACGAACGAGUGCAGGCAACGUACGAGGCAGACCGAGUGGAGGUGCUGAAGUCGGAUGACCCGGAGGACAUCACUAUUGCGACGUCCAGCUCGCAAAGGAAGGGCAAGGUCGGGUUGGGAGGCGUCGUUCGGGAUGCUUCCCGCGACAGCGCAGACGAAGUGCUGGCCAGCUACUCCGUCACUCUCGGCUCCAGUGAUGAGCAGAAUGCCUACACAGCAGGACUCAAGGCAAUCGCCACGGCCCUGAGAUCCCGGAAGGGGUUGGAAAGCACUCAAAGCGCAUCGAUAAGUCCGUGA